AUGGUGUUCACCUGCGGUUGCGGACGACCGUUUAAGAGUGGAAGAGGAUUGGAGAACCAUCAGCAAGCAUGUAGGAAACGCAGCAGGCAUGAUGAGAGUAUUGAUGAGGAAGUGUUCGAGUAUGUACGCCAACACCGUUCCGAUGGAGCCGCCAAUUCGGAGUCCUUGCGAAACACGGCGAGAAAUGAAGAGAGGGCCACUCGUGCUCCUACACCAGCUGCGACGUUCCAAUUUCCUAGUGUGGGGGAAGAAGAGGAGAUACCGCUUAGAAACGCUUUCGUGGGUGUGGAGAAGCUGGUAGAACCAGAGGAGGAGAGGUACGAUCCAGACAAGGCCUUGAUGCUCGCUUUCAAUAAGUGCAACGGAGUCACUCUUGAACCCACUUCACUCCCUCUUCAUCCCAUCUCUCUCACUUAUCACCCCACCUCUCUGACUCAUCAUCUCAUUUCCCUCACUCAUCACCCCAUCUCCCUCACUCAUCACCCCAUCUCCCUCACUCAUCACCCCAUCUCCCUCACUCAUCACCCCAUCUCCCUCACUCAUCACCCCAUCUCCCUCACUCAUCACCCCAUCUCCCUCACUCAUCGCCCCAUCUCCCUCACGGUUUCACCCCAUCUCUCGCACUCAUCACCCCAUUUCAGUCACACAUCACCCCAUCUCCCUCACUCAUCGCCCCAUCUCCCUCACGGUUUCACCCCAUCUCCCUCACUCAUCACCCCAUUUCAGUCACCCAUCACCCCAUUUCAGUCACACAUCACCCCAUCUCCCUCACUCAUCGCCCCAUCUCCCUCACGGUUUCACCCCAUCUCUCGCACUCAUCACCUCAUUUCAGUCACCCAUCAUGCCAUUUCAGUCACACAUCACCCCAUCUCCCUCACUCAUCACCCCAUCUCCCUCACGUCACCCAUCACCCCAUUUCAGUCACACAUCACCCCAUCUCCCUCACACAUCACCCCAUCUCCCUCACUCAUCACCCCAUCUCCCUCACUCAUCGCCCCAUCUCCCUCACGGUUUCACCCCAUCUCUCGCACUCAUCACCCCAUUUCAGUCACCCAUCACCCCAUUUCAGUCACACAUCACCCCAUCUCCCUCACUCAUCGCCCCAUCUCCCUCACAGUUUCACCCCAUCUCCCUCACUCAUCGCCCCAUCUCCCUCACGGUUUCACCCCAUCUCCCUCACUCAUCGCCCCAUCUCCCUCACGGUUUCACCCCAUCUCUCGCACUCAUCACCCCAUUAAUCACCCAUCACUCCAUUUCAGUCACUCAUCACCCCAUCCCCCUCACUCAUCAGCCCAUCAUGCCCGUGAGGUCGGAAAUCCCUACCGAGCACUGCUUGUGGAAGUCAUGCACGCGCUAGACCUUGGCAUCUUCAUGCACAUCGUGUCAUGCAUUCGAGUCAUGUACAAGGACGACACGAAAGUGCUGAAGGCUCUUGACAAGGCACUGCAGGAUCUGGGUGAUGCAACCCGCAUCUCGGGAUUCCCUCCCACUUACUCCCUGGCAACUUCUCCCUGCCCAGCCCAUCAUCCUCCCUCUCCUCACCCACUGCAGCUCCCUCCUCACUCGCUAUUCCUCGACACCGCUCCCCCCUCCCGUGCUACUCCUCCCUGCAGCUCCCCCCUUCCUUGCUACUCCUCCCUGCAGCUCCCCCCUUCCUUGCUACUCCUCCCUGCAGCUCCCCCCUUCCUUGCUACUCCUCCCUGCAGCUCCCCCCUUCCUUGCUACUCCUCCUUGCAGCUCCCCCCUCCCUUGCUGCUCCUCCCUGCAGCUCCCCCCUCCCUUGAUACUCCUCCCUGCAGCUCCCCCUUUCCUUGCUAUUCCUCCCUGCAGCUCCCCCCUUCCUUGCUACUCCUCCCUGCAGCUCCCCCCUCCUGUGCUACUCCUCCCUGCAGCUCCCCCCUUCCUUGCUACUCCUCCCUGCAGCUCCCCCCUUCCUUGCUACUCCUCCUUGCAGCUCCCCCCUCCCUUGCUUCUCCUCCCUGCAGCUCCCCCCUCCCUUGCUACUCCUCCCUGCAGCUCCCCCCUUGCUAUUCCUCCCUGCAGCUCCCCCCUUCCUUGCUACUCCUCCCUGCAGCUCCCCCCUUCCUUGCUAUUCCUCCCUGCAGCUCCCCCCUUCCUUGCUACUCCUCCCUGCAGCUCCCCCCUUCCUUGAUACUCCUCCUUGCAGCUCCCCCCUCCCUUGCUAUUCCUCCCUGCAGCUCCCCCCUCCCUUGCUACUCCUCCCUGCAGCUCCCCCCUUCCUUGCUACUCCUCCUUGCAGCUCCCCCCUCCCUUGCUACUCCUCCCUGCAGCUCCCCCCUCCCUUGCUACUCCUCCCUGCAGCUCCCCCCUUCCUUGCUACUCCUCCUUGCAGCUCCCCCCUCCCUUGCUACUCCUCCCUGCAGCUCCCCCCUCCCUUGCUACUCCUCCCUGCAGCUCCCCCCUUCCUUGCUAUUCCUCCCUGCAGCUCCCCCCUUCCUUGCUACUCCUCCCUGCAGCUCCCCCCUCCCUUGCUAUUCCUCCCUGCAGCUCCAUCCGCCUUCACACUGGUGCCCUGUUUCGCUCCCUAUCUUGAAUCUGUUUGUUGUUUGCACACAGGCUAAUCCCACUCUUGAAGGAGGUGUUUGGUGA